GUCUAUUGUUCCACUUUAGAAUCGAUAUUUUUAUGUGAGGGUCGAUCCUUUCGAUACAACGUUAGUAUCGAAAGUAUCAAUAUUUCAGGCUCGAUCCGCCCAUCCCUACCAGUUAACGUGAUUCCUAACACUGGCAUAUGGCUUGUAGGUGUGUCGGAUCGCGUGUAGCUGCUCGACGGGUUUUUAGAGAAUGACAAAAGAAACUGUCGAAGUUGGUGUAAUUCUUUGGAAUUCUCACUCCGGAAUAGAAUUUACAUAGUUCUGCUGACAACGCAGGAUAAAGUCGGUCAGUCACGAUGGCGGAGCCUCAUAAGCCAGACAAAACGAUAAAAUCCAAGUUAUCUGUUAAGGUAAUUUAUGCGCAUAAUAAGUCUUGGCCGCGUUAUGAACAACUUCAAGGGGGAGACUCAACAAUGGAACCUGUGCAUUGGCCAGUUUACCCACAAGGGCCAGUCCCAAUGGCAACACAUGAAUCAUAUUAUCCAGUUUACCAACAAGGGCCAGACACAACGGCAACACAUGAAUCAGCUUGGCCCUUUUAUUCAGUGUUUGGGGAGCAUGGUUUGACUCAAAGACUCCAGAAAAGAGACCCAGCAUGGCAAAAGAUGGUAUGUCAGUAUAAGAAGUCAGUCGACUGGAAGGAUCUGAAUGAGAGGAGUUUCCCCUCUGGUGAACGAGUAUCACUGGCUGCCCUCUACACUGAACCUGUGAUUAUUCAGAAAAAUAAAAAAGGCAGUUUUCUGAAUGUCAGUGUGGAGGAGUUGUUUAGUAAAUCAAACCUAUGUCUGUAUUAUCCCACUAUCAUUCUCCAAGGAAAUCCUGGUAGUGGAAAAUCUGUCAUAGCGCAAAAGAUUUUGUUGGACUGGGCAUCUGAAAAACCUUACCUUGAAGACUUUGAUCUGACUUUCUGUCUGAGGUAUGAAGAGGUGAAGUGUAUUUCUGAGGAGAUGAACUUGAUUGAGCUCCUGAGCUGGAGUUGUAGUUUAACAUCCAGUCAGAUCUCAAGGAUGGUACUGAACUCAGUCCAGAGAGUGCUCCUCAUUAUUGAUGGACUUGAUGAACCUGAUGAGCUCAGAUUCAUAUGUGAUGAAUUCUGCAUAUCAUCCAAAUUCCAGAGAGCCUCACCUGAGGUCAUUGUUUGUUCCUUGCUUCGUCAACAAAUCUUGCCCAGAUCUGUCUUGCUCAUCACUACUAGAACUAAGUUCCCACAUGGCAUGUUGCUUGAAGGACAACAACGUUUCUUUAGGAUUGUAGGGUUCUCAGAGAAGGAGGUGGAGGAGUACUUCCACAAGUUCUUUCAGAAUGAGGAGCUCUUCAGGAAAGUCUAUGAAUUCGUGAGAAAAAAUGAAACUCUCAUCACAGCCUGCUCCAUCCCUGUAAUGUGCUGGAUCAUCUGCAUGGUUCUGCGAGAGAGGUUCUGUGAAGGUGCACACGUGACAAGUGGACUUGAAACCACCACCUCCAUCUACGUUGACUUUGUGUCCACUCUACUGGAGCAUCACUGCCAGGGUUUGAGUCAGUCUGUCCUGACCCUGCUGAGGAGUCUGGGUCAGCUGGCAGAGAGAGGGAUGCUGGAACAGCAAGUGCUAUUUGAUGAGAAAACUGUCUCUGAAACAAUGUCAGACCCAUUCCUGUGCAAGAGAAAAAUCAGCCAGGAGAUGAUGUUCAGUUUCAUGCAUCACAGCUUUCAGGAGUUCUUUACUGCUCUCUACUAUGUCCUUCUGGAUGAAGAAGAGUCGAAGAGGAAAGUGAGAGAGCUGCUACGCACUGUAGAGAAAGGAUGGGCUUUGUCCUGUUGGUCUGACAGAGAGGCAAAUUUAGAAAUAAGCAAAUCAAAGCUGCUGCAGCCUGUGAUUCUGUUUGUUUGUGGUCUCUGUAAGAAAGAAUGGGUCUCCUCAUUCUUUGAAAAGCACAACAUGGCGGUUUCUGUCAAUGUAGAAACCCAACUUAAGGAAUGGCUCAAUCAGUGCUCACAGAGAUAUCAAAAUGAACACAUGCUGUUCAUUCUCCAUUGUCUCUAUGAGCUCCAUGAGAAGAGCUUCACUGGAAAAGUUUUGGAGCAGUUGGUUUCGAUGGACCUGUCAAACGUUCAGCUUGAAAAUGCACACCGCUGGAUGUUGCGGUUUUGUUUUCAGAACUGUGUUAACAUUGGCAAGCUGAGACUCAGUAUAACAUGUGACGAUCUGAAGAUUCUUCAGUCUACACCAUACAGAUGUGAAGAGUUGUGGUUGAAGGUGGACCUCAUUACAGAUGACACUGGAGAUUUGAUCUCAGCUCUUGGUGCAGGAAAGAUUGCGAAAGAACUGAUAAUACAUCAAAAAGCUUCUCUCAAAAAAAGGACCAAAGGCUUCUGCCAAGAGAUUAUUAUAUCAAUUAAAGAUGAAGACGUCAUGCUCUGUUUUCGGCUUUCAGUUUCCCACUCAAGAAUGAGACCAUCAUUGGUAAUCUCAGAAUUAACUCUCACCUGUUCACGCCCAGAGAUAUCCACUGUCAACUGGAGAAUCUUCUUGCAGAAACUCCAGGGAUUACACAGCUCUCCAGUUAAAUCAGCAGCAGAGGUUUUCCUUCAGGAUGUCCUGCACUCUGUGUCUGGUUUAAAGAAAGUUCAUUUGCAGAUAGACAAAUUUACUGGCAGAUGGAUUCCCACAGUCCUCUCGCUUGUCUGGACCUUUCCUAGUCUAAACGAACUCGGGAUAAAUUCCACAUUUUCAUUUAAUCCAUUUGACAUAAAACAGUCUCUAAGGGAAUCACUGACACAAACAGGUUGGACCCUGACUAUCUGGAGGAAGUCAGUGUUGCUUGAGCGAGACAUGAAGAGUUUCACAGAGGAGGAUUUGAAGACAAUGAAGAAAGAAAAUAUUGAGAGCAAAAGAACUGAAUCACCUUCAGGACAAUCAUCCUCAGGUGAUGCAGAACUGUUCACACCUGAAUGUGUUCAGCAAGACGAUGAGGACAAACACAAGACUACAUAUAGGUUUGUGUGUCCACAUGUUGGUCAGUUUCGUUGCAGUCUGACCAGUCUUGUGUUUGUGAUGGAGGGUGAAGGAGAGGUGCUGUAUAGAGUUGUCUCAUGGGAUCCUCGUCUGUUCGUUGGUUUUGAUCAAAAGAUGACGCCUGCAGGACCCUUGUACAACAUUGACUGUUUUAAUGGUUCAUUGUCAAAACUGCACCUUCCACACUGUGAAAUAUUCUCUGAGAAGAAUAAAGACAGUUUGGAUGUAGCACAUUUCACUUGUGUGCUUCUCUUUCUACGGCCAAUAAUUGCGAGACAGAGAGAAAACGUAUUGGAUGUCCAUUUGCUCCCGUUGACUGUUCCACUGUCAGAGGUCAAGAACCAGCACUGGGAGAAUACACACAUUAAAACCAGUUCAAAGUGCUCUCUCACGCCAGGAUCAGAAUAUAGUCUGUGUUGUCAACCAGAAGGAUGUACAGUGCAGCCAGAGACUGAGAAGUUUGAGUGUGAUUUUGGUCCAAACUAUCAUCCCACAUUUGAAGUGUUUGUAAAUGUCGAAACUGAUGAGGUCAGACUGAGUCUUUUGGAUAAAACUGAAGAAAAGGAAGUAUGGGUUCCACGACGAAUCCUUCUCACAGGUAAAGAUGCAGACCCUCCUGCUCAGAAAAGGCUCACAGAAUGUGAAUUUGUGAAAAAAACACAGAGAUAAACUCAUUCAGAAAGUUUUAUCAGUGAUGAUAAUUGCUGAUGGUCUGAGGACCAAAGACAUGAUUCCAGAUGAAAUGUACAGUAAAGUUCAUGCUGCAGAACCACGACAGGAGAAAACAAGACUUUUGUUGGAUGUUCUUAACUCUGGAGGAGCUGCUGUAAAAGCAGAAUUCUACAGACUGCUGAAGAAGGAGGAACCUCAUCUAGUAAAAGAGCUGGAGUCUGGAACCAGUGCACCACAGUAAUGCUGAGAAAACGCCAGAGAGGAACUUCAGUCAGUUUGAGAUGUAUAAUGGCAGCGAGAGCUUCUUUAAACAUGUGUAUGUAUAAAGAGACAUCCAGAUGUUUAUUUUCUUAAUAUAGUACAAGUUUAACAAAUGAUAUGUCUAGUAUGAACUCCACAAGUAAAACCUCAUGGUCAUGUUCUUCUAAACUCUCUAUCUACGUUUACAGUUUAGACUUAAUUUGAAUCCCUGUAUUAGGUCACUUCAUGUACAGUAAUAUGCUUAUGAUUUACUUUGUGUAAGUCACUAUUAGACUGUCAGUCAAUGCUGUAGCUGCGCCCUAGUUCAAAGACUGCAUCCUUUUUUAAUUGACCAUAACAAAAUGUACAAACUUUUGAUUCAUUAAUCAUAUUUGUGAAAAAAAUAACAAGUUUUUGCUUCUUUAACAGUGUUCUCCAAACUGGUGCAGUAGCCAAUUGGCCAACUGACUUACAUUAUUUAAAAAAAUCAACAUAUUUUGGACUAUGGGGGGUGCCGUUAUUUCAAUGAUGUGAAAUAGUUGCACCCAGUGAGCUACUAACGUUAACUGUAGCUAUUUUUACUGCUCGGAAAAUAAAACACUGAAAUGAUGCCAGCAUUGUGCAGCUUUUAGUUGUAAUUUUCAUUUGAAGGGCAACAAGAGAAGCAAUGUAAGUCUUCACUGCUUUCCUAGCGAUAAAAGAAAGGGAAGAUGCCUGCAGACGCAUAAAACUUAUUAAAGACCAACGUCUUUGUUCUCUCCACUUUAGCUCUGAUGCCUGAAUGCUUUUAGUAAAAGACAGCUACUGAAAGAGCUUACAAAUGGCAGAGACAAGAAAUGCUAGAUGCCAUCCUGGCAUGAUAUAAACAUGCCAAUGUCUGUUGUGAUGCCGCAGCCACUGAAGGAGUGUUGCAGUAGAAAUGGCAACAGAUAACGCCAGUAGCUCACCAAGCACAACCAUUUCAUGUCAUCGAAAUAAUGGACUGCUAUGGUGCCCUGAUUUUGAACUUCCAAAAUACAGUUUAAAUGCGGCUUCAAGCGAUCCCAGAUGCGGUUGUAAACGAUCCCAGCCGAGGAAGAAGGGUCUUAUCUAGCAAAACGAUCGGUUAUUUUCAUAAAAAUAAUAAAAUAAUAAAAAAACAGUUUAAAUACUUUUUAAUGUCAAACGCUCGUCUUGUCUUUGUCUCCCUGAACUGUGUGUAUUCUGGCUCAAGACAGUUAGGGUUUGUAGAAAAACUAUCGUAUUUUCUCCCUUAACUUCAAAAAUCAUUUCAAAAUCAUCCUGCAUCACUGCAGAAGUACCAACCCAGUCUUUGCAAAGUGAAUAUGUAAUGAAGAUCAAACACCCUUAACAAAAAAGGUAAAACUGCGAUAUAAGGCGAUUUUGAAGUUGAGGGAGAAAAUAUGAUUCAAUUCAAUUCAAUUCAAAUUUAUUUGUAUAGCGCUUUUCACGAUGCAUAUCGUUGCAAAGCAGCUUUACACCAAAUUGACAUUUUUACAAUAUAUGUAGUAGUAGCUUGAUGUACAUAUGGCAGAGAUGUGUGGUAAAGAUCAAUUAAUGACGUAAUCAAACAGACAAAGAACACUAUAAAUUAGUAUGAUCAGUUUUUUGUUAGUUCUUUUUUCUCCAGAAUCGUGAGAGAAUCAGGGUCUCCAGUUUAUUAAAAACAACUGGGAUUCUCUUAUCCAGAAUUGUGAAACUCUUGUUUAAUUGAUGCUUAUUACUGCAUAUAAUUAAUUAAAAUGGAAAUUUAAUUUCAUGAA